CUCGUCUCUAUUCCCUUUAUGCAUUCCCAAUUUAGGUGGACAUAAAUUUAUUGACUACUACUUCCUACUAUAUAUAGUUACGUAAAAUUAUAUUAGAACCCAACAAAACCUACAUUAUAAUAUAAUAUAUACAACUCGUCAAGCCUUCUCCCCUCAGAAAAAAAUAGCUAAUUAAUCAUAGUACUAUAGCAAAAAAGAAAAAAUCACACAAAAUAAUCCAAAUUAUGCAACUUCUUCCUCAUACCCAUAAAAUGAUGGAGAAAUACUUGGUUUUCCUACAUGAGAAAUUAGAUGAUUUAUUAAAAAUCUACCACAAAAAAGUAGAACCAUUUUUUAGUCAUCUCUUUGAGUAUUUACUAUUCCAAAUAAACCCAUAUUGGCAUCACUUGUUUUACUACAUAUUAGUCUCUCUUUUAGGCUAUAUCUCCUUGAAAGGUUCGAAACAGAAUUCUUCUGUUUCUUCAAACCCUCAUUAUGAUCUUGACCUCAUAUUUACGUCGGUUUCGGCUACGACCAUCUCAAGCAUGUCCACCAUUGAAAUGGAGAAUUUCUCAAGUACCCAACUUGGAGUUCUUGUGAUUCUCAUGUUCUCUGGGGGUGAGGUUUUCCUAUCUCUCCUCGGCCUUCAAAUACGAAAGCUUAAGCAUAAGAGGAGAGCGCGAAAUCAUGUGUUAAAUCCAAGUCCUGCUUCUGAAGGUGAUGGUAUGAAGUUUAGGUCAUUGAGGGCACUUAAUCAUGUGGUUUUAGGGUAUCUUUUGGUGUCCCAUAUUUUAGGGUAUAGUUUAGUAUCCUUAUAUUUUAGCAUUGUUCCAAGUGCAAGUAAUGUCCUUGCAAGAAAAAAGAUAGAAACUCACUUUUUCUCUCUUUUCACCACAGUUUCAACCUUUGCAAAUUGUGGGUUUAUCCCUACAAAUGAGAAUAUGAUACCAUUUAAGAAAAACUCUGGCUUACUUUUGAUACUCAUACCACAAAUUCUUAUGGGUAACAAAUUAUACCCAUCUUGUUUAAGGUUAGUAAUUUGGGUACUUGAGAAAGUUACCAAAAAAGAAGAAUAUAGUUUCAUGUUGCAAAAUCAUGGAGGUUUAGGAUAUGGGAAUUUGACAUCAAGUUACAAAGCUUUUCUUUUGGGUAUUACAGCAAUUGGACUUGUUAUGGUCCAAUUUGUGGUGUUUGGUAUCUUGGAGUGGAAUGCUUUGGUGUUGGAAGGGCAAAAUGGGUAUCAAAAAUUUGUUGGUUCACUCUUUCAAACUGUGAAUUCAAGGCAUAGUGGAGAGUCCAUUGUUGAUAUCUCUCUAGUUUCACAUGCUACACUGGUGCUCUUUGUUGUCAUGAUGUACCUUCCAUCUACCACCACAUUCGUACCGAUCAGCUACAACAAGGAAUCAGCAUUAAUUGAGAACAGCAGCCAAUCACAGACGAGUAGGAGUAGUAAAAAGCAAGGGAGUAGCAUCCUUGAGAAUCUCAAAUUCUCUCCUCUUUCUUACUUGGCUAUCUUUGUCAUACUCGUCUGUAUCACUGAAAGUAAAAGUUUGAAGGAAGAUCCUAUCAAUUUCAGCGUCUUCAACAUUAUUGUUGAAGUAGUCAGUGCAUAUGGGAACGUGGGAUUCUCAAUGGGCUACAGUUGUAAACGAAGACUUGAAAACUUCAGCAACUGUAAAGAUUCUUGGUAUGGUUUUGCAGGUCGAUGGAGUUGGGAGGGGAAGUUCCUCCUAAUUCUGGUCAUGCUUUUUGGAAGACUUAAGAGAUUUCACUUCCAAUCAGGAAAAGCAUGGAAACUUUCUCUUUAAGUUAUAACACUUAACUUUUUCCUUCUUUUAUGAAGCAAAAAAAGAGAAAAAAAAAAGUUUUGAUUUGAGAAUGUUCAAGGCACAAGAGUAAAUUAUCUAAGUGUCCCAAAUGAGGUUUGUAUAUAUGAAAACCAAAAAAGGUAAAUGUAUAUUUUUUGUGUGAAAAAAGGUAAACGGAAAAAGGAUUAAGCUCAA